UCGGUGGCUGCCGACGGUGAGGACACUGCAUACCUAGGUUGUGAACCCCGAAACCUUAAUUCCACUCAUCAGCACCGAUCAAAAUCACGGCAAUGGUCUCGAUAGAAGGACUUACUCAAGAAACACCAACAACCACUCUUCACCCGCGAUGGCCUGCCCACCUAUCCGAACAACAACCCACCCCAGCCCCAACAACACCAACACCCUCCUCAUGACCACCAUGAACCCCCCCUGGAGCCCACCCCCCAACAUCUACAUUGUCGGCGCGCAGUGCACAGGCAAGACGACGCUAGUCAACAACCUGCGCGCCCAUUUCCAAGGCGACCUCAGCAUGACCAACCCUUCCUCCUCCUCGUCGCCACCACCACCACCACCCGCCAGCACCCCACCCGCCACCAUGCCACCCGCCACCAUGCCACCACCCGCCAUCACGCCACCGCCGACCAUCAUCACCGAGGUCGCGCGCGGCGUGCUGGCGACGCACCGCUUCAGCGCGCGGGACGUGCGCAUCCCGGCGCGCAGCCUCGCCCUGCAGCGGCUGAUCCUGCAGGCGCAGGCGGUGGCCGAGGCGCGGGCCGUUGGGCUGCGGAUGACCGCGGAAGAGGCUUGCCUCGUGAUGACGGGCGGGACGGGCGGGACGGGCGGGGUGGCACCAGGGGCGGUGCCGACGGGGACUGGCGGCGGCGGCGGGCCCGGGUGGUUCGUGUCGGACCGGUCGGGGGCGGACCCGAUCGCGUACGCGCUGCGGUACGCGGGGCCCGAGGCUGGGCGGGAGCUGGCGGGGACGGCAGCGUGGGCGGAGCUGCGGGCGCGGAUGCGGGCGUCGCUGGUGGUGGUGUGCGAGGCCGGGCUGGCGGCGGCAGGCUGGUUGCGUGACGAUGGGGUGCGGUUGAUGCCAGAGGACGUGGAGGAGUGGGUUGGGUUCCAUGGCGUGUUUUGUCGGUUUCUGGAGGCGGAGGGCGUGCCGUAUGAGGUGCUGGACGCGAGGGUGGGCGGGCAUGAGGAGAGGGUGCGGUUUGUGCUGGAGAGGUGGAGGGAGCGCGGAGUCUGCGGAGAGAGAGAGAGAGUCAGAGGGGAGUGAGUGUGGGCAUGGUCAGUGAGUAGCACGUACGUCGUGAAGAUUGUAAACGUCGGUAUCCGAUCCGAGGGUUGGCGCUCUGACUGAGAUCUCGGCCAUGUUGGGAAUUGCUUGCGUCUGCCUGGCCUCAGAACAAGACAUCUCGUUGAGCAAGAAGAUGGAGUAACUCUAGACUUGGCCGAAAUGUCCCUGUCAGGAUAACGCACCGACACACACGUCCGCGCCGUCCCUGCCUGCUUCCCGUCAUGACAGGCUCGGGCACGAAUAAUUCGUCACCGUCAUGGACGGGCCGCCACAAGUCCGAACUCCGGCCCCAUGUGAGAACCCUGAGGACCGUGAGCUUGUCGUUCAAGCAGAUCAGAUUGGCUGCCUCCAUUUGCGUGA